AUGGUUACCAAUGCAACCUAUGCCGAAAAUGUAUUCCGAUCCCGAUUUGAGCAUUAUAUACUGUCAUCAAAAGGGACAAUAGUAUUUUGUGACGUCAUCAUGGCUCUAACUAUCAUUAUUGGACUGGUUGGCAAUAUAAGUAUUUGUUUAUGUAUAUUUAAAAAUCGACAUCUGCGGACCUAUAUCAAUAUAAAUCUGGUAAGCUCCUGCAUUGUUAACAUUAUUAGCUGCACAUGUCUACUUCCAAUUCGGAUAGAAUUGUACACGGGAUAUACGAUGUUUUCCUCUGUCAAGACAAUCUGCGGAAUCGGAACUUUCUUCAGAACAUUCUGUGAUACAUUGCAAUUUUUCAUGCUAACAAUGGCCAGUUUUGAACGUUAUCAGGCAGUGGUAUAUCCGUUCAAGAAGGUUGGUCUUCAAAAAAGGUCGGUUUUGCUAGUAAUAACAUCAUGGCUCUUAGCGUUGACUCUAGGGGUCAUUUCGGCACUAUUUUUCAUCGAUAGUUCUUUGUAUGUCCCAUGUUCUUUUUUAGACGGUGCUCCUAACUGGGCAGAAUACGACCAGUAUUUGAUAUUUCCUCUUGGAAUGGCAUUAUUGUGCGUAAUUAUUGUGUUAUACAGCCUGAUAUUGAGAACUCUCUUCAAGCAUUCUGUGAAAAUGGCUCGGCAUAAACGAAAAAGAAAAAUCGUGCCAGAUACCGUGAAAGUAAAUGAUGCGGAUGCCAGUGCGUCUUAUACAGGACAGAAUCCCGAUAAUAGGGGAAGCACAGGAAGUUCACAGAUAUUCGCUGUAUCAUUCCGAAGUGUGAAAGAUGCUAAAGAUUCACCAAAAAUUAACAACACAUCUGCAUCAAUAACAUUAAAUGUUCCUGUAACUAUAAGUACGAGCACGAAUAAAACUGUUCAAACGACUGUUCAUGAGCAGACGACAACAGAUAAAAAUAUAGCCACAUCAUCAAUACACGACAACACGAUAGAAAUUGUGGGAAUGGACGGAUCAGUGCACAUGACCAAAACCAAUGACGACAAUGUAUCUGGUGCUGUGUGUCUAAUGAGCAAAAAGAACAGAGAAAACGGUCGAAGACGGGUCGAGUUGAAAGCCUCCAGGAAAAUCGCCAUUUUAGUUGGGACGUUUACAUGCUGUUGGAUUCCGCUUCCCGUGUUUGUUAUAAGUAACAGUAUAAGUGGGUCAACAAUGCUUUCAUAUUCCAUGUUUUGUGUGCUGAUUGUAUUAGGUACACUAGGAAGUUCCGUUAUUGCCAUAAAUCCUGUUUUAUACGCUCUUCUUAAUCGUCCACUCAACUCAGCGUUGAAAAAUCUACUGAACCUCAACAGAAAUCUGUGCGGAUGGAAAUCUUCUUAA